UCAUUUUUUGGCUAUCUAAAACACACACAAAAACACACACUCACACGUGUCAGUCGACAUGGGUGGUUUUAGUUUCAGAAACUUGAUAUUUUCACUUGUUAUUGCAAUUUUAGUGUGGGGUUCAAGCAUAGAAACUUGCAAUGCUAGGAGGGGCAAGCAUUGGAGGAAUAGAAGUGGUACUUUUAGUUCUUUGUACAAAAAGAAAGGAAAGAAUCAUGGCCACGUUGAAAAGUCUAAGCCAAAACCAAAACCAAAUAAUCCACUUCCUAUUCCAGAAGAACCGAUAGCACCCGUACAAAAAGGCUUGAAAUUUAAUGUUCUUGACUAUGGAGCUAAAGGAGAUGGGAAUUCGGAUGAUACAAAGGCAUUUCAAGGUGCAUGGGCAGAUGCUUGUAAGGUGGAAGCAUCAUCGAUGAUCGUGCCAUCGGGAUAUGAGUUCCUUGUGGGACCCAUUUCAUUUUCCGGUCCUUAUUGUCAAAGAAACAUUCUUUUUCAGCUUGAUGGCACAAUCAUAGCUCCAACAAACUCAAAAGCAUGGGGUAAAGGUCUCCUACAAUGGCUAGAAUUCACAAAACUUGUAGGACUCACAAUCAAGGGAAAAGGCACCAUUGAUGGAAGAGGCUCAGUUUGGUGGACAAAUUCCAUAUUCGAUGAUCCUAUCGACAAUGAACAACUACUACUUGUUCCAUUACAAAAUAUCACAAUGACAAAAAAUCCACAAAUAAGCAACUCAUUAGAUGGGAAAAUGCCUAGUGUAAAGCCAACUGCUGUGAGGUUUUAUGGGAGUUUUAAUGUGACAGUCACAGGCAUAACAAUUCAAAAUAGUCCACAGUGUCACCUCAAAUUUGACAACUGUGAUGGAGUUUUAGUGUACAGUCUUAGUGUAUCGUCUCCUGGUAACAGCCCAAAUACUGAUGGAAUUCACUUGCAGAACUCCAGGAACGUGUUAAUCCAUACCGCAGAUCUUGCUUGUGGUGAUGACUGUAUAUCUAUACAAACGGGAUGUACGAAUGUAUUUGUACAUGAUGUGAAUUGUGGGCCCGGGCAUGGAAUAAGUAUUGGGAGCCUAGGGAAAGAUGGGACAACAGCAUGUGUUUCCAACAUCACGGUUCGCAAUGUUAAUAUGCACAACACAAUGACUGGUGUUAGGAUCAAGACUUGGCAGGGAGGAUCAGGGUCAGUGCAAGGAGUAUUAUUCUCAAACAUUCAAGUGUCGGAAGUUCAAUUCCCAAUCAUGAUCGACCAAUAUUACUGUGACCAUAGCAAAUGCAACAACCACACAUCCGCUGUAGCUGUCUCAAACAUUGCAUACGAAAACAUAAAAGGAACCUACACAGUAAAACCAGUGCACAUAUCAUGUAGUGACAACAUGCCAUGUAUGGAUGUAAAGUUAACUGAUAUUGAACUCAACCCGAUUCCUAAAGGAUACCAUAUGUAUGACCCGUAUUGUUGGCAAGCUUUUGGGGAACUUUAUGCUCCAACUGUUCCAGAAAUCGAUUGUUUACAAGAGGGAAAACCAUCAAGCAGUUGGGAUCCUCUUGAGAGUGGGUGUGCAUUGUAGGGUAUGUGUAUGAAUUGAUGGAUUGAUUAAUGAUUAGUGAGGUUGGUGUAAUUGCUGACCCCUUUUAUAUCAUAUACUAUACGAUUGCUUGUGUUAUAUAGGGAUUAUUGAUUAUUGUCUUGUUACUGUGUUAGUUUAUACUUUAUAUAAAAAAAAGUUGUGUUUUGGUUUUUUGUU